AUGCCAGGGAAACGCCCAGCGAAGAAGAGCCUGGUGCCAGAAGAUGAAUCUCCUGGAAGGAAGAAGGUUAAAGUCUGCCACCCUUCCCACCGGACACAGCCCGGCCUGGUGCUCACCCUGGGCCAGGGGGAUGUUGGUCAGUUGGGGCUGGGGGAGGACGUGAUGGAGAGGAAGAAACCAGCCCUGGUGCCACUGCCAGAGAUGAUGGUGCAGGUGGAAGCUGGAGGGAUGCACACAGUGUGUCUCAGCCAGACAGGAAAGAUCUACACCUUUGGCUGCAACGAUGAGGGUGCCCUUGGGCGCGACACCUCAGCAGAAGGGUCAGAGACCACCCCGGGGCUGGUGGAGCUGCAGGAGAAGGUGCUGCAGGUCUCUGCAGGGGACAGUCACACUGCUGCACUGACAGAGGAUGGCAGGGUGUUUGUCUGGGGCUCUUUCCGGGACAACAAUGGGGUGAUUGGUUUGGUGGAGCCCAUGAAGACAAGCUCUGUUCCUGUGCUGCUCCAGCUCAGUGCACCGGUUGUUAAAAUUGUCUCAGGGAACGACCACCUGGUGAUGCUGACAGUGGAUGGUGAGCUGUUCACGUGUGGCUGUGGCGAGCAGGGCCAGCUGGGCCGGGUGCCGGCGCUUUUCACCAACCGCGGGGGAAGGAAGGGGCUGCAGCGCCUGCUGGUUCCCCAGCGCGUCCCGGUCAGAGGCAAAGGCAACAGGAGCAAAGUCCGUUUCCAGGACGCCUUCUGUGGGGCUUAUGUCACCUUUGCUGUCACACAGGAGGGACACAUCUAUGGAUUUGGCCUCUCCAACUACCACCAGCUGGGGACCCAGGGCACCGAGUCCUGCUUCUCCCCCCAGAACCUGACGUGCUUCAAGAACUCCACCAAGUCCUGGGUCGGGUUUUCUGGUGGGCAGCACCACACGUUGUGCGUCGACUCAGAGGGUAAAGCCUACAGCCUGGGGAGGGCAGAGUACGGCCGGCUGGGGCUGGGGGCGGGGGCAGAGGAGAAGAGCACGCCCACCCUCAUCCCGGAGCUCCCCAGCAUCAGCUCGGUGGCCUGCGGAGCAUCGGUGGGAUACGCUGUCAGCAGCGAUGGACGAGCGUUUGCCUGGGGCAUGGGCACCAACUACCAGCUGGGCACAGGAGAGGAUGAGGACGUCCUGAGCCCUGUGGAGAUGACGGGGAAGCAGCUGGAGAACCGGCUGGUCCUGGCGGUGUCCAGCGGUGGCCAACACACGGUGCUGCUGGUCAGGGACAAGGAGCAGAGUUGA